GGUACAUGUCCUCAGGUCAUGGCUAUGGAGCCGUCUGAUGAACCAGUUCUUAGAGUCAAUCGGAUGCAAACAGCACUUGUGCUUGGAGGGAGUGUUCCUUCUGCUGUUCCUCCAGAUCUGUUAAUUUCUAAGUCAAAAGAUUUUGUGCCUUUACAACGGGACACAGUCAAGAUUUUGGCCUCAAUACUUACACCACCUUUAUGCCCAUCAGCACUUUCAUCAAAGUUUAGAGUUGCUGUUCUGUUAAAUGGUUUGCCUGGGUGUGGCAAAAGGACUGUGGUUAAAUAUAUUGCUAGCCGAUUGGGCCUUCAUGUAGUAGAAUAUAGUUGUCAUAAUCUAGUGGGAUCCUCUGAAAGAAAGACAUCUGUUGCAUUAGCAGAAGCUUUCAAAACAGCUCGCAGAUACUCACCAGCAAUUCUUCUUCUCCGCCAUUUUGAUGUUUUGCGGAACCUGGUUUCUCAAAUGGGUUCGCCUCUUGAUCAAGUUGGUGUUACGUCUGAAGUUGCAUCUGUUAUCAGGGAAUUUACAGAGCCAGUUAUGGAAGAUGAAGACAUUUAUUAUGAAGAAAUUUCCAAUGAUGAUUCUGUAAGAUGCAAGUUUGUAUCAUUUUAGGUCUCUAAACUUCUUUAACAUAACUGAAAUUUUAGAUAUCUCAAUAUGAAUUGUUUACUAUGUAUUAAUUGUGACUCUAAGCACU